GAUCGCUGAAAUAGAAAACAAGAAGAAAAACUAUAGUGAAGUCAAAGUAAAAGUAAAUGAGAAGCAUAUUUCAUUGAUUGAUGUAAGAAUUUAAAUUCCUUUGAGGAAGAAGCAUUUUCAUCACUGAGAAACUGAACAAUAUAGAAGAAGAUGAAGGAUGAAGAAGAACAAAAAUCAACGGUGAAGAUGGAUUUGUUAUCGUUCAUUGAUUCAACCACUCUCUCACAGUCUGAACUUCACGCUCUUUCUCUCUCUUCUCUCACCACCUUCGACCUAACUUCUACGCGCCAAACCGUCACUCCUAAAAUCGAUCCAUCAAUCUUCAACCACAGCUCCGGUUCUUACCGUCAAACUUAUUCUCGACCUCGCCGUCGUUGCCGUGUUGCACCGCUUCUUCCAACUCCGUCUCUCCCCUCCGACCACCGCGUCAUCGUCGAUUACCUCAAGCAAUUCAUUAGAGAAGAUCCUAAGUUCGAUCAGGUGGAGCUUCUUCAGCCUACUAUUACUUCCCCGCCGGUGAUAUUUGCUGGCGGAGAGAGGAAGAGGAAGAGAGGGAGGAAACCUAAAGUGAAAGUGCAUUUGGAUGAGUGUUACAGAGGGAUGGAGAUUGUGAAUAAAAAUGGCGUUGUUAUUGAUCUCGCUGCGUUGUCGAAUGCCGAAGAUCUGUUCGCCGGAGAGCUUGCGAGAAGGACGGAGGGGUUGAGUGGUGAAGAGGAGUUGUUAGGGUUUUUGAGUGAUUUGGUUGGUCAAUGGGGAAGUAGGAGGAGGAAGAGGAGGAUCGUUGAUGCUGCUGAUUUUGGAGACGUGUUGCCUCUUGGUUGGAAACUUCUUCUCAGUUUGAAGAGAAAAGAUGGUCGUGCAUGGAUUUAUUGCCGCAGAUAUAUUAGCCCUAGAGGACAGCAGUUUGUGUCUUGCAAAGAAGUUUCUUCCUAUUUGCAGUCUCUUUUCGGUCAACCUGAUUUACAGUUACAAAUCAGUCAUCGGAGUGAAAAUGUACUGCAGGAACAGAGAGUGACUGCUGAAAAUUCUGCAGGUGUUAUCCGCGAGGAGCAGGAUCAACGACAGAUUGUUGCCACUAACUCGGAUGUGUCUGGUUUAUCUGUCUCUAAUGAACGAUUGAAGGAAAUUGCCUUGUUGGAGAUGGAGAAUCUUGCAGAUGUGCAAAUACAUGACCUGUUUGAAUGUCACAAGUGCAGCAUGACCUUUGAUGAGAAGGAUGCGUACUUGCAGCACCUAUUGUCUAUUCACCAAAGGACGACGAGGCGGUAUCGACUUGGUUCAUCUGUUGGAGAUGGAGUUAUAAUGAAAGAUGGCAAGUUUGAGUGCCAGUUCUGUCAUAAGGUGUUUUUGGAAAGGCGUCGCUACAAUGGUCAUGUUGGGAUUCAUGUUAGGAAUUAUGUCAGGAAAGCUGAAGAUUUACCGGGUCAGCCUAAUGUCCUGAGACAAGACAAGUCCCCCGUCAGGGAGGAGAUGCCUUCAAGGAUAUCUAAGAUGGAUGCCCUCAUUGAAAUUGCUCAAAACUCUAUUAUGGAGGAUUCUGUCAUGGAACCAUAUUGUUCAUCUAAACUGAAUACGAUUCCCGUUUCAGAUAUUGCAGGUGGUGACUUAGAUGAAGAAUUAAAUGUGGAGUCUCCGAUCAAUGAAUGGCAAAUGGAGGAGAAUUCGAUUGGCAAAAAUGAUAGUCCUAGUUUACCCAUGGAUGGGACAGUAGAGGAAAUUGACGAAGAUAAUCAAGUUGUUGAUGCAAAGAUGUUUAGUUUUCUAGAUAACACGUGCUUGUUAUCUGUAAAUAAGCAAAAUGUUGAUGCACCUGAUACUUCUAAUGGACAAUGUGACGUGGCGCUGACUGUUGAGGGGUUUGAUCAUUCUGGGAUCGAUCUGCGAGGAGUUUCUCAAAGUCCGUUGCUCCCUUUAUCUGGGAAUCACAUGAUACCUGGAUCUGAGAAGAGUGAAAGUUCUGGUCGCACUUAUACUAAGGGGCAUCUUAAACUUGAUGGAGACAAUAGUAAUAAGAGUGGCUUGAAAAUUGGUUUAGAUGGCUGCAAGGAUGUACCUGUUGUUGCUAAUGUUCAAGUGACAGCAAUGCCAGCAUCUAAAGAAAAUGUUGUACAAUCUAGGGUUUGUAACUUCUCUGUAUCCCCAGAACAAUCUUUGGAUUCUUUUUCUGCAUUCAGCUCAGACAAGGGGUUCCAGGAAUUGAGGUUAGAAGAUAUAGGUUCUCUCGAGUAUGAUUUUGCAAGUGUUCAAGGUUCUCUUGAUGUGUCAACUGAUUUGGCACAUAGCAUAGUGGUGCAAGGGACAUGUGCAUCCUCAGCUCAGUCUGCAUUACAAGAAGUUAUGUUAAAUGUGGAUGAGAGAAACCAGCUUACAACUGUGUGUGUAUGGUGUGGAAUAGAGUUUAACCAUGAUGCUGUUAAUUCUGAAUUACAAUCAGAUUCUGUUGGAUUCAUGUGUCCGGCUUGUAAGGCAAAAAUCUCUGGUCAAAUCAAUGUGUUGGACAGUGGAUCACCAAAUGCUGGUCACAUUUAGACUGGGGCAGGCUUGCCGAUGUCAUAUUCUAUGUGAUCUCAAAUUUAGUAUUUUUCUUUUAAACUUUGGCAGGCAAAUGAUCUUUAGAAAAAUCAGUAGCAGGAUUUACCUUACCUUUCCACAAGAGAAAAUCUAGAAGAGAAAAUCCAGCUUUUGGGGUCGAUAUAGAGUGCUCAAAUGUGGUGUCUGCAUAGAUUUAUCUCGUCAACUCAUUGUAUGUUGUAUUAUCACCCCACUAUCCCGUUUAUUCACAAGAGAACAGAUAAUAUCACGUAGUAUUGUUUUUUUGCAUUUUGUAUGUAUCACUGCUGUAAUUGUCUUAGAGGUCUUUCAGUUGAACUCCAUACAUUUAGUGUGUGAGUGUAAUUGUUGUUAAAGUAAAAAUAUGAAUUUAUACUGGUAUCUCAGUUUCAAUUCAAAUUUGUAUGAUUCCAACUGUUAUUAUACGAAUAUAUUCAAAUGUAUUGUCAA